AUGGUUAAAACCGGUCGAUUGGAAAUGAUGGACUCGUCCGAGGCAGUACAACUCACGGACUUCAACUCUAGCAGCCGCCUGCGUAUAUGGGAUCGCAUGAUGGAAGAAGAAAAAGUGAUGAACCACACGACAUCAUUGGUCGCUGGUGUCGUCAUCUCACCACUCCACGAUUUCAAAUGGUGGUUUGUCAAGUAA